GGCCCCGCAGUACGCAGCCAUGGCGUAUUCCACAGUGCAGAGAGUGGCGCUGGCCUCGGGGCUCGUCCUGGCCGUGUCGCUGCUGCUGCCCAAGGCCUUUUUGUCCCGCGGGAAGCGACCGGAGCCGCCACCGGGCCCGGAAGGAAAAUUGGGCCGAUUUCCACCUAUGAUGCAUCACCACUCGGCACCCUCAGAUGGUCAGACACCAGGGGCUCGUUUCCAGAGGUCUCACCUUGCAGAGGCCUUUGCAAAGGCCAAGGGAGCAGGUGGAGGAGCUGGCGGAGGGGGCAGUGGAAGAGGACUGAUGGGCCAGAUCAUUCCAAUCUAUGGCUUUGGGAUUUUUUUGUACAUACUGUACAUUUUGUUUAAGCUUUCAAAGGGGAAAACUACGGACGAUCGGAACUGCUCCACUGCCCCACCCGGAAACACCCACAGGAAGAUUACCAACUAUGAGCUUGUUCAACUACAAGAAAAGCUAAAAGAGACAGAGGAAGCCAUGGAAAAAUUAAUCAACAGAGUAGGACCUAAUGGUGAGAGCAGAGCACAGACGGUGACUUCUGACCAAGAGAAACGAUUACUGCAUCAGCUCCGAGAAAUCACCAGGGUCAUGAAAGAAGGCAAGUUCAUUGACACAUCUCCAGAGAAGGAAGCUGAGGAAGCCCCAUACAUGGAGGACUGGGAAGGUUACCCAGAAGAGACUUAUCCAAUGUAUGACCUUUCGGAUGGUAUCAAGCAUAGGCAAGAAACAAUUCUGGUGGAUUACCCUGAUCCAAAAGAGCCCUCUGCUGAAGAACUAGCUGAACAAAUGGGAGAGUCAGAAGAGGAAGGAUCAGAGCAUUUGAGCUGGGAUCAUUUGCCCACUGACCCUGGAGACCAGAAAGAUAAUUCUGUUACCCUGUGUGAUCCUAAACCAGAAUCAUGUUCCUGCUGUUUUCAUGAAGAGGAGGAUCCUGCUGUCUUGGCAGAGAAUGCUGGUUUCAGUGCAGAUGGCUACAGUGAGCAAGAGGAAACCACCAAGGAAAAUUUGCCCCAAGACUUUACAAAUGAAGGGCUGGGGAUCAGCACUGAUAACACCCACAUGGGUAGCAUGUUGAGGAAGCGCAACCCCCAGGGUUUUGAAUGAAAGCAGCCUGCUUGGGAAAGUAUCCAUUACUCUGUUCCCAUGGCACCUUUCCUCAGUUUCAUCCAUGGACCUGUGCCCUCUGCAUCCUUCUCUGUGUUCAGUGUCAUAGCUCUUGGGCUACUACCAUGGAUACAGUUAAUCCUUCCUGGUGCUUGCACACCUGUCACUUUGUAAAGUAGCCAUUAGUGUGAACACAGGACAGAAUCACCUUUCUCUUCUUGCCUUUCCCUAUCAGAGACACUAACCCAUUCAGUAAUUGUGUUUGGUUGUUUGUGUUUGCAGGUGGUGCCACCUAGACAAACCCCUCCUUAUAGGAGCAACAGAUGAUUUACUAUGAAUGAUUUAUUGAAUGGAUUUGUUAGGAUAGGAUGACUGUGAGAACUGGGUUAGCAGAUAUUGAAGUCUUAAGUUUUAAGAAUGAAGAUUUUAGAUUCCCCAAUGCCUUAUUCUUUGGGCCUUCAGCUGGUUAGUGGUCCCCUGAGAAGAGCAUGCUUGGUUCUAGACUAGGGGCCCAGAGUACAGCAAGAUAGCUGACUGAGCUGCAAUCUCUUCUCAUAGCCUUCUGAGAUACCCUGACUCCUCUAGAGCAGCAGGCCAUGAACUCACAGGCCAAUUUGGAAACCACUUCCCUUGUAUAUUUUCUCGAUCCUUAGCUUCCUUUGUCCUUAUUCUGUUGAACAGAACUGCCAAAUCGAGAUGCACCUUUGAAUGUCUUCUGUGGCUAGUGGAUAUUUGAAGCAUUAGUUUGUGCCCCACAGAGCUGAAGUUUGAGGCUGUUGAAACUAAGGACUGCUUAAGUGUGUGGUCCUUCCACGAGGAGCUCAGGUGGCCAGGAAACCAUGUCUUUGUGAGACAAGAUGGAACCUAAGAAUUCUAACAAGGGUGUAUCAGUUCAGUUACAUGAAUUGAAAGUUGAAAGGUCAUGUGUCUCCAGCAACAUUCCCAAUCAUGAAAUGGGAGACUCAAAAUUUAAGGAUUCUGUGAAACUGUAAUCUUUAGAGUUCUAUUGCACCUGACAUGACUAUGAUGCCAGAGAUAGUUUGGAGUACUCAGGAGCAUACUGUACUGGCUGUCACCAAGGUCUGAGGCUACACUACGAUACUGUCAGCUACUAGGAAGGUUUACAUGCUAGUUGGCCUAGAGAAGACCCUUAAGAAUGAUUCUAAAACAUGCUGUACUGUUUAUCAAUCGCUGUGUAGAAUGUUUGAUUGAAACUGUGCAGAAUGCAGUUGAACAUGUACUGAACAUGGUCUUCACACAGCUAAGUGUAAAAAGCAAUGUAGGGCAGAUUGUUUUCUAGAUGGUUCUGGCACCCACCAUAAGUUGAUUUAAGAUAGCCCUGUGUCACUAGUUCUACUUUUUGUUCAUAGGAUAUAAUUCUGUUAUUAGAUAAGAACUUGUUUCCUUCUCAUUAAUUUAUUAGACAACAGCCCUGUGCUGAGUACUAAGAAGACUGAAUUUGUACUGUGGAGAAUUUGUUUAAUGUGCAAGUCUGACAGCUUCACUGUGGACCAUAGGAAGGCUUGAGACUGAAUUCUUCAGGCAGACUUCCCUGCAACUCAGGCUGUGGAAUUUUAGAUUGGCUCCUUAGGCAGCCCGAGCUAGUUUGGGCAUCUGUAAAGUGAGGGUAAUGAAAAUGCAGGUCUUACAGGACUGUAAGCUGUAAAUGAGGUAGUCAGUGCACACAGGGUGGUGUGUUCAUUGUGUGAGCUCAUGCAUAACAACAUAUCAUGUGGUAGCUGUUUUACUAAUUACAGUGUGGACCCUAAACUAUAAGAACAUAAAAAAACAGCAAUGUUUUUGCCAAAGUACCAAUAAAUUUCAGAAGACAUUUUGUGGCAAGCCAAGAACAUGGCAAGGAAGAGAAAGGACAUUUGGGCAGAAAGAGUAGGUUAGCAAGAACAAUGGAUGUGUAGAUGGAUAAUCGGGUAAAAGGGGUUUAGAGCCAAUUCUGUUAAAUGGAAAUAGUUCCUGCACAAAGGACCAAUCCUUGGUGGUUCCUGCCACUCUAGAUGUUAGUUUACAUAUGGGAAUAUAUUUGUUUGUAUGUACCAGAAACUUGGAAGUACCUAUUAGUAAUUUGGAAUAUAGGCUUUUUGGUUUAUUUUCCAGAAUUGUGUCUUUUGAUAUGAUUUUACAUGUAUAUUUAACCCAGGGUGACCAACAUCAAAGGACUUGAUUUCGUUGAGAUCUUCAUCUUUCAGUAUUAAGGGCUUCAUUAAGGCCUUGCCAUCAGGUCCCCAGUGACCUCUGGGCACCAUAGCAGUAGCUGGCCUAAGAAGCCACUGCACAUCACCUAGGAACAUGCUUGGUAAGUCGGGUGGGUGAUCUGCCUGCCAGAAGAUCUAACUUGGUUAUAUAGGAACACAAGGCUGUGCCUCAUUAUCUCAGGGCCUGAGCCUAGGAGGUAUACUGUGGGGGAGAGAUGGACUCAACCUCUAGAAAUAAUGGCUUGUGAGAACUGUUCUCUGUAUUCAGACUUAGGUAAUAAAAUAAUUUAUGGUCUGCACUCAGACACUCUGAAAAGAGGAACCUAACUAAUACUCAGGGCAUAAUUAAAUGUUCUCAAUGCUAUGUGGAAGGUAACAAUUCAGGAGCAGCAUAUAGUUAAGGGCAGUCCUUCAGGGAGCAGGCUGCAGUGGACUGGCUCACAGGGAGCAGCGAUGAAUGAUAGCACUUGGCUUGCUUUGCCCCUUUUAUUCAGCCUGGGACCCCAGCCAAAGGUAUGAUGCUGUCCACAGUAAGGAUGGGUCUUCCUCAACUAACUUUCUUGUAAACACCUUCAUAGGCAAGUAUGUUUCCAUGGUGAUUCUAAGCCCCUUAUGUUGGCACUCAAGAGUAAACACCAGAGGUAAUAGGUGUAAAACAAGAUUUUCCUUAGCAUGUGUUCUACAUAAUUUAGGAUUUUUCUUCAGCCCGAUGACUAAACAAACAAAACCUCUUUCCCUUGUAGAACACCCUGUAUAUGGUCUUCACAAAUGCAGUCGCUAUAGGGACCAGGCCAUGUUCAGGUAGGGAAUGCUUUUGACCCACAUCAAAACACUUAGCUGAGUAGAACCCAAUUAUAGACCUGCUCUUAAAUCCCCCUUAUUUAGACAAUUUGUAUCUGCAAAGAACAUUUUAUGUGUCACCUAUUGGGCAGUGAUCAGGAAGGAUACAAACCAACCUCCUUAACCAUUAGUGUGUAUAAAAUACUUUCUAGUAUCAAGAAAACAGGCCAUUCCUUUACUUCAAAGGGUACUACUUUCCUUGUGGAUGGACAGGAAUCAUGUCCGCCUCACAGGACUGUUGUGUCUGUGUCAGCCCCAGAGUGAAGUGUGCAGUGGUAGGUGCUUAGCACUAUUACUGUCUGGAAUCUCAUGCUGCUGGGCUACCCAACCUGAUCUCCCCCACCCCAUGGCCACUCUGCAUGCCAAGAAUGGUCCAGAGUCACCCUGUGGGGUUCGUGUAACUUUGUGAUGACUCCUUUUAAGAACGACUGGCUUUCAUCAUGUUGGCUUCAAAUCCAGACAGAAAAAGGUUCCCACACAUGUAAGAGUUCUGUUUAAAUAGACCCAGCUUCAAGAAGGCCUACAGACACACGGCUGGGGCUUUCCCACCCUUGAGUACUACAGCCCAAGUUCUGCCCACAAGGGCAGUGCCCACCAAGCAUACUUAAGAACUAUCAGCCAGUUCCUUCAGUGAUCUGAAUGACCCUGUUUUUCCCCCGUGCUGUAGAUGUGGCCCCACAGGCAGUGUUGACCUGUGUGUCACUGGUUCUCAACAUGCUCUGGGUCCUUUGUCACUCUUACCCACCUGACCCUUUGAAGCACCUAGAAAGGAAUGGAAUGGAGAACAUUCUAGGAGAGACAUGUUCUUCUAUCUAUGAAAAACAAGGACACAGCAGUCAAACAGUUCAAGUUUAAUUUGUUGAUACAUGUCUGUACUUAGACAAACACUAAAUUCUACAACAUACAUAAUGUCAUUAUGGGAAAAUACCAAGUUUGUCAUUGCACAUACCAAUAAAUAAAUACAUUUGCUUCAGAAUACCAAAAAAGUUUAUUCAAAAAGUCACUUAAUAAAAGCACAG